ACUUGAUUAUCAACGCCGGGGAUGGCAUCUCGAUUAGUGCAACGCGUGUGAGAGUUUAGGUAUAGCUACCAUACACAUACUCUCCACCCGUCUUUCGCCUAGCUAUCUAUCCCUCUCUCUCUCUCUCCUCCCCUACGAUUAUCCCCAGCCUUCCCCGUGUUUAAGCCCAUGGCGUAGAAUAUAACACGACCCGGCAAGCAACCUUUAUUGAAUACCAUUGCACUGGUACUGGACCUCAUCUUGUAGAAACAACAAGCGGCGGAGCGAUUCAGAAAACCAACUAGGAAUUAAGCGAUCAAGGUAAUAAGCUGACCAAGGAACAGAUAGAACAGGGACAAAGUGAACAUUGCCAGCCACUUGACGGGAAAACUUUGCAACAUCCCCAUAACGAGGGAGGAAUUUAGCCGCUUUAGAGAUUCUUGCUGAAGAACUAUGUCAGCUGGUAACAAGCCAAACUACAAGGGGCCUAAGAUCGAGGUCCGGCAGCAGACGAGGUCGAUAGAGGAAGGCAAAAGGGUCAACCUGUUCUGCAGACUUACAGAGGAACCAGAGUCGGUACACUGGAUCCUGGAUGAUGAAGACAUGAAGAGCGGUGGUCGGUUCAAGGUAUGGAACGACAAGGCCGACUGCUACUGUCAAAUCCUGGUCACCAAGGAAGACGACGCCGGACUCUACGUCUUCAAAGCCCGCAACAAACGGGGCGAAUGUUGCACUACGUUCAGCCUCCACGUCAUACCCUCGGUCAAACCUAUCUCUGACGUAGACGUGAAGGAGCUUCUUUGGCAGAACACCCAACAGAACGAAGAGCUUGUAAGAUCCAAUAGCAGUAAAUAAAAACCAAAAUAAAAAGGUGUAGUUUGCCAUCAAACGGGUACCGCGUCACCAUGAGGUCAUCGGAUAGAGGUCUUUGCACUUACAGUAAUGCCUGCUGCACACGAGUAGUCAUUUUCGCUGCGAUUAUUAACGAUUGGCGUUGUCUUUGACGCGCAAUGAGAGUGACAUUGUACGUAAGGUAAAUGCGACAAAAUAACGCAAACAUUGCAUUAAUUACUGGUAUAUCGCCUUCAAAGGCUCGAAUGCAGGUAAUAAUGCAAUCAAAAUGAUGCCUCAUGCGCAACGGGCAUUACAGUUCCGACCGAUCUUCAGUCGGUGCAAGACCGGAAAUAAGUCAGUUGUAUAAAAGUUUGAGGCGAUUUAGUGCUAACGCCCUUCUGCUUAAGGCUUCAUUUUUUACCUGAAAUUCGAGCUAACGCCCUUUCUGCCAGCCAGGCGACGAAAUGUCCGAUUUGAAGAUUUUCCAAACGUUUGCCUUAAUCACAGCAGCGAAUCAAAACAAAACAAAAAUAAGCUAAAACAUUAGUCAGAUAUAGUUCAUCUACUAUCUUCAUGAUGCGGUGCCCGCUUGAUGCCGAAAUAUUGGGGGAGACUUUUGUUUCGAGGAGAAAAAAAAACCCCUCCCCAUUUAGAUAAGAAAUACAAAGUUCGUUGAGGUCUUCCUGCCAAAUUGGUCUUCUCCGCUAUAUCAAGGUUUGAAGAGGUCUUCCAUGUUUUUCAUUUAAAUGUUGAUGUGAAGUUAAUAAGUACAAUGUUCUCGUGGAUCUAUAUAUGUAAAAUAUUAAAUUACAUAGAAAAUAAAGUCUAUUAGUUAAAUAAACCCAAGCUGAAAUGAAAGGCUGGUACAAUUAUUGUUUAGAAAUUUGGACCUGUGACGAUAUCAUAAAAUGUGAAAUUAUGCAAGGUCGUUUGUUGGAUAAUUGAAAGUAACUCUUCCUGUAUAAAUAAAGAAAAGUAUUGUUAAUGUAUAAUUUCUUUAUCAAUUGUCUCUACUAAAGAUAGCAUAAACCCAAAUAACUAUUACCAUUAUCAAGCCAAAUAAUGCAUCGAGAAAAUUUUGACAUUGUAUUUCUUUUAAAUACCUGAAUAUACUCUUGCAUACUUGUCUUAAUACAGUACCGGUACAUUAAAUUUGUUUUAUAAAUACUGAAUGGAGUUUACCGUUGUGAGGUUCAACUUCUAAGAGACAAUGACAUGAUUUUCUUGUUCAAUCUUAUACGUAAUAUUGAGGAUGGGCCUUGUAUGUGCCGACACUAGAACAGUAUAGUACCAAACACAGCAACCGUGAACCAUUAUCGUCAUCGUCACGAUUUACCAACAAAACCUUUGUUACAUGGUUACAAUCAAUAUAAUAUUACCGAUUGAUAAUAAUCAUAAAAUCAUCAAUUAGAUCUCACCAGCGAAUUCCAGAAUUAUCAUGUAUGUGUAUGCCGAUUGAUGAGUGUAUAUAUAUUGUAGAAUUAUUGGGAAAAAAGAAUGAUCUCCCAUGUAAAUCUCUCUUUCUUGCAUGCAUAGAUCCCGGCAUAGAUUCCAUACACAUGCAACAUAAUCAAAACGGGUGUACAUACCUUUAUGGGGGAGCGGAUUUCUUUUGCAGUGUCUCAUUCCGCUUCACACAAUGCGUUGACAUUGAGUGUUUGGUUACCCCCGACCCCUCCCCAAUCUCUUUACCCAUAGGCGGUUUCAACAUUUUGAUAUUUUUUAACUAGAAAGAGAGUGUCGGUAUGCCAAAUUUUAAAUACAUCGCCGUUGACUGGCUUGUGUUUUGAUACUCGAGGUUACUUCAUUUUUUCAAACUUACAUUUUGAGAUAUAAUUAAUUUAAAAGAUAGACGUGUACUUCCGACGAGAGAUCAUUUUAAAAUCUUGAUAAUUAACAUAUCACAAUUUCAUAGUUGUAUUUCGUUUGGCUUUACGACCCGUCCACCUGGUGUGCAAUUAUUAAGUGAAACUUGUUUAAAAAAAAAGUAUUUUGUAAGAAUGAAAGUGAGCAUGAAAUGAAAAUGUUUCUAUCGUAGCCUCUACUCCUGACUGAUACAUAACGUUUUGACUCAGAUAUAUGUAUCGGGCGUUAUGUUAUAUGGAGGCUGAUAUCAUGUAAGGUAAAUAAUUGAUUUCAAACAUUUUGUUUAGCCUUUUGUACUAAUGAAAAUUACUGACAAUGAUAUAUUUGUCAAGAUAAUAUGCAUUUGUGCCUUUGCACGAAUUUCAAAAGUCAGGUUAACAAAACAUUACAGAUGUAAAUGAUCUAAUGGCAAGAUGAUUUUUGUGAGACUGAAAUUGACAGAGUUGCAUCUUUUAAAUGUUCCUUUUAGUGAAUAUCAAUAAUACAUGGUGAUGUAUUACUUUUUACAUACUGUAAAGGUUGUCAUUAAAUAAAAUGUGUUACUGUUCACCUGUUUUAAAUUUCA